CUAACAGUGAAAAAUAAACAUGGACGAAUGGCAGGAUACCUUCCAUUUCAAGAAGCUUAUGAAAUGUAUUGUGGCUUUUUUGACAUCUCUCCAAAGCAGGAAACAUUCAGAGAUCAUCUUUUGCAUCCUGACUUUGGCCUAUGCGUUAUUAUUGUGGACUUUUUUCCUGGACAUAGAUUCAUCGUGUUAAAAUCUGAUGACAUUGACAUACCCUCUGUGAUGAGUGAGACAAUUGAAAUGUUCAAUGWACAUAAAGAGAAUGACUGUAAAAGAAUAUUGUUAGAAUAUGAUGUUGUAAACCAUCUUUUGACAUCAAUGGAUACUGAAUAUGAUAGAAAUGUGGCAAAAACAUUCUUAGCAGCACUUUUAUCACGUCCAGAGUUAUAUCAUCUAGGAAUAAAACCAGACAGAAUUGUUAAACAAAUGCCUAAAGUGAUUGAGUCUUCAAAAGAAACAAUGAAUGCAAUGGAGGCGGCUGAAGAUAUGAUGGUUAUCCGCUUGAAAGACAGACAGGCUCAUAAAACAAAGGCCGAGCUCACUGAUGCUAUUGAAUUAUUGCAAGUGAGAAAGCAAGAGACCAAUAAUCUGUUAGCCAGGUCAGAUAAAAGCAGUUUGAGGAAAYUCCAGCAAAGUAAGAAAAGACUUGCAAGCCAACUAUUGGAUGAGAACAGAGUAAAGAGGAGAAAACUGGGAGCUGGGCGACCGGAGCUAAUAGGAGCURAAGAAGAAGAAUUCAUAGCAAAGUGUAUUGCAGAUAAAAGUACUGCCCAUGRAAGACGGCAUGACACAACUAUGUAUCUUAAUAAUCGGGUUAAACAACGUCAUUUUCUAUCUUUAGCCAACUAUCACCUAUUGAAGAAAGGCAAGAAACUUAUUAGAUCAGCAACAACUGUCUACAAUCGAUCAAGACCAAAGAACAUAAGAUCAAGAGCAGCAAACCAACAUAAAGGCAAAUGGUUGUUCUGUUAUAAGAAACCGCCCAAAGCAGAGGAUGAUUCUGUGGAGACUACACAUCAUCAGAGAGCACAUGUAAAGAAUGCAAAGAUAGAACUUGCUAAGCAAAACCCAGGAAAUAGUCUAGUUUGCAGUAUGGAUGACAAGGCUUACCUCAGACCAGGAACAGACGGUAAGUUUCCUUUUUAUUGCAUAUUAUUAUAUGCAUCUAGCAAAAUUGUUCAAGUUGUUACUAUUAAUAUAAAAUAUCAAUCAACUUUUAAAAUUGGAUUUUGUGGAAUGAGAAAGGGAGGGCUCUAUGAUGUGAGUGAUCAAACCAAACAGAAAGCGCUACCUCAGCACGAUUUCAACAUACCCGAAGUCAAUGUCACACCAAGUUCAUUUAGGUUCUUGAAGUACAGCAUGGAAACUAUAGAGGGUAAAGAAAAGCUCAUUGCUGCAUCUGACCAAAGUAUUGUAACAUUAAGACCCAAGUACUAUAUAGGGAGUUCAGGAACAGUGUGGGCUAGUGACUAUAAAAUAUGA